AUGUCGCGCUUCCUCCGCCGCGCCGCGCCCGCCGAGCCCGCCGCACCACGCGGGCCGGCCACCUCUGCGCCUCUGCACGCGGCGCCUUCGGAGCUCAAGCCCACGCCGCGUGCGCCGCUCUCUGCCGAGCAGCUCAAGUUCGUCGCGGCCCUGCGCGCUCACGUCGAGGCGCUGCACGAGGCGGGCUGGGCACAGCAGAGCGACGGCGAGACGUAUCGUCCCUGGGAGCGCGUGUGGCUCGACGAUGAGGGCACAGUGCUGCGCUACGCGCGCGCGUCCAAGUGGGAUCUGGAGAAUGCAAAGAAGCGCAUCGCCGACACGCUGGCAUGGCGCCGCUCCUACCGGCCAGAGCUCAUCACGCCCGAUGAGAUCGCAGAGGAGGCAAAGACGGGCAAGCAGAUCAUCUCGGGCUUCGACCAGGAGGGGCGCCCCAUCCUGUACCUCCGCCCGGGCAGGGAGAACACGCAGCCGUCGCCGCAGCAGGUCCGCUUCCUCGUCUUCGCCCUUGAGCGCGCCCUCGACCUGGCGCCGAACGGCCAGGACACGCUGGCGAUCGUCGUCGACUACGCCUCGGCUACGCAAGCGACGAAUCCCUCCAUCAGCCAAGCUCGGAAAGUGCUGAACAUCCUGCAAGCUCACUACGUCGAACGCAUGGGACGCGCAUUCGUCGUCAACGUCCCCUGGUGGAUCAAUGCCUUCUUCACUGCCCUCUCGCCCUUCCUCGACCCCGCCACGCGUGAGAAGAUCAAGUUCAACGCCUCGCUGUCCAGCUUCAUCGCGCCCGAGCAGCUCGAUGCCGAGUUCGGCGGCGCACACAACUACCAGUGGGACUUUGACGCGUACUGGUCUAGCCUGCUCGACGCGGCGAACCUGCUUCCCGACGGCACGCGG